AUGCCACACUGGUGCCACGAGUGCGCGGCAGCGGUGGCUGUCGAUGCUGCUGGCGCUUGCCUCGUUUGCUCUUCCGACUUUACCGAGGUCAUUGACCCGGACGACCCGCCCGAGGGUUACGCCUCGCCCAGCGCACCUCAUCCUGAUGCCCAUUCGCAUCCCAACCCGCUACUUCCUUUGCUACCGCCGCGAGACAUCCCUGCAUCGCCUGCCACGAUGCCUCCUGACUUUUACGCACACGUCCUGCAGAGCAUGACGUCUGCGCUGCAGGCCAUGGCCCAGCCUCCGUCGCCAGGAUCGGUUCCGCCGCCAGCGCCAGCAGCACCAUCGUCCGAGUCGUCAAGUUCAGCUCCUCCGCCAUCGGCGGCGUCGUCAUCACCUCCCCCGCCUUCGUCGUCGGCGCCUGGGUUGGCACCGGCUGUCGGUAUGGUGUCAGUUGGCCCAGGCGGCCAACCGGCAGUCACGCGAGUUGUCCGCACAACCUCGGGGGCUUGCCGAGCACUUCCGGAGCCGCGGGGCUCUCGCCUGUCUUUGAGGUCUUUGGGCAAAUGA